GUGUUUUCCCGCCCGGAACGGCGGCUGGCGCGCGAGGUUGACCGGUUGCUCGAGGUAGAGGAAGGUCGGAAAAAGUGGUACACGCUGCAGGAGGUCAGCCACGAGACGGGAGUGACCACAUCCGGUCUCGAAAUCAUGUUCGGGUCGGUCCUGCUCUCCUGGUCCGAGAGCUUUCACGACAAAGAGAACGCUGGUAUGAACCUGACCUGCCGGCAGAUGGACGCGAUCGCGCCCGCAUCGCCGCACAUACGGGUGGAAGAAGGGGAGGCAGGAAGGUCGAACAAGGUGAAUAAUUGCAGCAAGUCGUCGUCUUCUGCUGGAGCUUCCGGUGACGAGGCGUUCGCGUACGACCCAAAUGUGGCACUCUCAGCCGCUUCCGCAUCCUCCGCAGUCGGGCGAGGCACGGAUAAGAAGGCCACUCAGACAAGAAAGCAGCGACCACCUACUUCCGGAGUUGUACCAAACAGCUCUAGCUCCACUUUCAAUACGCCACGAAGCAGCUGCAAUCGGGAGGACGACAGCGCAGUAGAUGAAGAAGAAAAAAGAGAAGUGCUGGACCAAGCUCCGCAGACUUUUGGCACUGCUGUGACGAGCAGGCAGAAGACAAGUGUUGGUCGCGCAGAGUAUGAGGUGCUCGGAAACGGAAAACAAGCUUUCGUAACCGAAACAGAAGCACAGAAGGACACCCCUGGCCUUGGUUUUAGGCGCACAGAUGAAACAGAUGCGCAUCGCUGCCUAGAUCCGUACUCCGCAACCCUCGCCACGGCGUCCUGUUUUCAGAUCGACCUUGUUGGGAAAGAAGACAAACCACCGCGGUCGGCGUGUAGAAUCGCAGCAGCACCGUGGUACGUCAAGCCUGGCUUUGUGCGCGCUGGGGUCGUUCGCGGCACGGAAACUGGAGAGACAGCCGGUGAGCGAAGGAGCAAACACAGGCGCAACCGUGAUAGAAAUCGUAGUGCGAAAAGCGUGGAAGACAUUUCGUUUUUCUACAGCAGUGACGUGGUCAGCGCGGUGGAGAAGUAUCGAGCGGCAUGGCCGGAGAUUUGGCAGUAUGCGGAAAAAAACGGUACAAAGAUCUUGAAUGCACGCAGAGCAGAAGCGGCCGGCAAACGAAGCAGCAGCAAAAACAACAAGCGCAGCAGCAGGGAUACCGAGGAGGUUUUUGACGCGGCUGCGGUUCUCUUUUGUCAAGAAGAAGAGGUCGAAGUGCACGAGCUCGAUGCAUCGGUCCUGAGGAAUAUGGUGUGCCAAGCUGCAGGCUACGUUUCGGAGCAGGCGUUUGCUGCGGCACCUCUGGUUCCCUGGACGCACGUCGCGCUUCACGAUUCCACGGUCCGAAAGCUCGCUGCAGCGCUUGGCGUCAGCCCGUAUGCCAAGAUGGCGCCAAUAGCAGCUGCAACCGCGAGUACUACAGCAAGUACCUUUACUUCGCGUCCUCUGCACAUGAUGAGCGAUGCACCUGAGAAAUUCGCAGGAGGUGAAAUUUUCCGUCCAAUCGACAGUGCAGCAACUGACGAUCUGGCCGCAAAUAAAGGUGAGGAUCAAGAAGCGCUUGCCGACACUGUCUCAGUUUCAAGCAAGGAAUCCAAGCGCCGAGGAAAAAAGAAACAAAAGAAAGGCAUCCAGUUCAAAGCUAGCUCGCCCGAAACCAAGGUCGGAUCACAGGGUGGCCCCUCGGCCAUGAUGAGCACGCUCAUUCUGGAUGAACACGGUGCGGAACAACGGGAGCAUCAAUCGGUAGGUCGCCAAGCGGCGAAGACCAUCAAUCCUGCAGGUGGAGGGAGUAAUUUUGCGAGCAUGCGGGGUCGUAUACCGGUACCGGAGCCGCCUGUCAUUUUGCUCGAUGCGGUUAGAAACGUUUCUUGGGCGGAAUGGUCGGGAUCCAGUAGAAGUCCAGUUUCAUCUGCGACUUCAUCUUCAGAUCAGCCUGAUGUAAUUCGCUCAAAUCGAAACGUGCACCCACUUCCCCUCGGUACCCGCGUGCGCUGCAACUUCACGGACAAACAGACGCAGGACCAACUCCAGGGGAAGCAGGGAACUGUGGUUCUGGUACGGUUUGGUGACGAGGGCGUUGUACCACGUGGGGGCGAGAAAAACGCAGCCAGAACUACGGAGUCUGUUUCUUCAGAAGAAUCUAAGAAAAACGUGCGUUUCUGUUACGAUAUUCUGCUGGAUUCGUCUGCGGUUGGAUGUGAUUCUUUGCUGCUCCCGCGUCUCCACCGCAUUCGUGCAGACAACCUCGUGCCACUUGAACUGCCAACUCCUAGCGGGGAAGAUUCUACUCAUUUGUUGCCUGCCGGAGUUCUUCUUGCUGAUGAGAAUGCCAAAGUCCUGCCUGACAAGGUCAAGGAGGAGACCAGCCACGUACCGGACUCAGGCGGAAAAUACAGUCCGUGGAAUUUUCAGCCCCGACAGGUCACGGAGAUGUUCUCUGCUUACAAUAUGGCCUCGUUGCCCGCUGGUCCCAGCAAAGCUGACCCCGGGACGAUUGCCGGAGAGAAAACAAAAAAUUUCGACAAGGACAGAGGCUUCUUCCAGCACUGCAUUCUCGGGGAGCCUAAGUCUCGCACCCAGGAGGCCAAGGAUAUCAAAAAAGUGACGAACAACAACAUCGUACAGGAGUGCAGCAGCACAGCUAGAGCCGCGCCGGAAAGAACAGAGCCUUCGCAGGAUGUUGACGCUAUUGUGAAUACAAACCAACACCGCGGCGGGGAAUUUGUUAUCCCGCGAGUUAUUACGCGGAAUGCGGGACCAAAGAAAUCAGUACCUCCUGCGGAACAAGCUGCAGAAAAAAAUCGGGACAGGAAUCAUGCUGAGACCCGACAACAUCCGGUUACUGGAAUCCAGGCUGCUUCCGCGAAAACUCUUCCUCGGACAUCAGACAAGGCACAAGUAAAGACACGUAAACGAAAACUGGUGGCGGGUUCAAUGCCGACGCCCGUGGAUGAAAUGAUUGACUCAGCGAAGGCGGGAUCGGGAAAGGAUGAACAACACUUGCCGCCGGCACGACAGACGGAUACAUCAGUAAAUACGGAAAAUUUACUCGCAAAGCCGGUGACCGUGGUCCCCAAACCUUUCUUGGCAUCCGAGGAGAGUGAGCAGAAACCGCCCCGGAAUAAGAAGAGCGAACAGAAAAAACGACAGACACAGAAAGCAAAACAGAGUCACGCGCAGGCUCGAUUUUUGUCUGUAGAGGACGAUUAAAAGUAAGCAUACAUUCUGAGACUACAUGUCACCAUCGAUUGGCCUCAUCGAUUUCACAGCG